ACAUCAACGUGUCCUCCAGUCUCAUUCAAGACCACAUUCGGCCGGCCUAUCUCGUUGUGAGAACACCCUUCGAGCAAAAUGGGAAAGGAAAAGAUCCACAUCAACCUGGUGGUUAUCGGGCACGUAGAUGCCGGUAAGUCGACCACGACCGGUCACCUGAUCUACAAGUGCGGCGGUAUCGACAAGCGUACGAUCGAGAAGUUCGAGAAGGAGGCGGCCGAGCUGGGCAAGUCCUCGUUCAAGUACGCGUGGGUGCUUGACAACCUCAAGGCCGAGCGCGAGCGCGGUAUCACGAUCGACAUCGCCCUGUGGAAGUUCGAGUCGCCCAAGUACAACUUCACGGUGAUCGACGCCCCCGGCCACCGCGACUUCAUCAAGAACAUGAUCACGGGCACCUCGCAGGCCGACGUUGCCGUGCUGGUUGUGGCCUCGGGCGUGGGAGAGUUCGAGGCGGGUAUCUCGAAGAACGGGCAGACUCGCGAGCACGCGCUGCUGGCCUUCACCCUGGGCGUGAAGCAGAUGAUCGUGUGCAUCAACAAGAUGGACGACUCGUCGGUGAUGUACGGCGAGCCCCGGUACACGGAGAUCAAGGAGGAGGUGGCGAUCUACCUGAAGAAGGUGGGGUACAAGCCCGCGAAGAUCCCGUUCGUGCCCAUCUCGGGCUGGGCCGGCGACAACAUGAUCGACAAGUCGACCAACAUGCCAUGGUACAAGGGCCCCUACUUGCUGGAGGCGCUCGACACGAUGAAGGAGCCCACCCGCCCCACGGACAAGCCCCUCCGCCUGCCGCUCCAGGACGUGUACAAGAUCGGCGGUAUCGGCACGGUGCCCGUGGGCCGCGUGGAGACGGGCUGCCUCAAGCCCGGCAUGGUGGUGACGUUCGCCCCCUGCAUGCUCGACACCGAAGUGAAGUCCGUGGAGAUGCACCACGAGGCUCUCCCCGAGGCGGUGCCCGGAGACAACGUCGGCUUCAACGUGAAGAACGUGUCCGUCAAGGACAUCCGCCGUGGCUACGUGGCGGGUGACUCGAAGAGGGACCCCCCUAAGGGCGCCUCGGCCUUCAACGCCCAGGUCAUCGUGAUGAACCACCCCGGGCAGAUCUCGAACGGGUACGCGCCGGUGCUGGACUGCCACACCGCCCACGUGGCGUGCAAGUUCAAGGAGAUCACCCAGAAGAUGGACCGCCGUUCGGGUAAGGUGAUGGAGGAGAACCCCAAGUUCGUCAAGACCGGCGAUGCGUGCAUGGUGAACAUGGAGCCCUCCAAGCCCAUGUGCGUGGAGUCCUUCCAGGAGUACCCCCCGCUCGGCCGCUUCGCCGUCCGCGACAUGCGCCAGACCGUCGCCGUCGGCGUCAUCAAGUCCGUCGAGAAGAAGGAGGUCUCCACCAAGAAGAAGAAAUAAGUUGUUCGUUUGAACCGCGCAAUUGAGUCUGGGUUGGGUCGUGCACUAGUUGGAUGGAUGACGCUUGCUUGAAUCUUGGUGUGAUCUACGUUGCUUCGUGUUCCUGCCUUCGUUGAUUUUAGUGUUAGCCUUGACUCGGAGGAGGGGGAGGACCAUUAACAGGCACAGAGAAAUGGCAUGGGGGGAUGAUACCGGUUGAUGGUGCCCUUUGCAGUUUCUUAUGGCCUCGGUUCAACGGGCUGACUCUGUACUAGUAACCAUGGGCUGGGAUGAUCGAAUGGGUGGCGAUCAUGUCGAUGGCAUCUUUUUUCUCACUUCAUCUCCGAGGGUAGUGUUCUUGUUACGUUCUUGGGUGUGCUCAUUCUGGUGUGAAGUUUUGAACUAGAAGUCCGCAUUUUUUUCUUAUAUUUUGUAAGGGGUUUAUGUUGAAUCCGAGUUCAUGACGUCAGGGUUCAACUUCCAACAGAAAGUGACGGCACCUAUUUGUUGUGUCUUGUGUUUUCUCGUGAAUUGAUUGUUUCUCUUUUUUUUAUGGACUUGUCGUUUUGUCAUUUUAGUGUUUUAGGAAGUCCAGCGAGUGAGAGGUUGAAUUUCUGGCGUGGUGGUAUCCCCGAAUUAGGUGUAAACUGUUUUUCGAUGAACAUUUUGGUUUCUUGAAGCCGCUCUCCACUUCUUAGAGGAUUUUGUAGGGACUACGGUAGGGUUCACUCUUCUGAACCGAGAAAAACUACGCAACUUUCUUUUCCCUUG